AUGUCGUCAACGUUGUAUCAUUUGAUUUCGAUAAUUUCAUUAUGUCUGUUGGUGACGGUGCCAAACACUUUGGCACUAUAUGAUAAGGGUGGGCCUGUGUUCAUUCUCAACGAAAAAAAUUGGUUAGAUGAAGUUUUAACGACCGAGCAAGUAGUGGUGGUAGAAUUUUUUGCACCUUGGCUUGCACCUGAAUAUAAGAAAGCCGCCGAAAACCUAAAAGGUCUCGUAAAGAUAGCCGCAGUAGACUGCGAUGACCAAUCAAACAGAAAUGUGUGUAGUUCAUAUGAAAUUAAAGGCUUUCCAACGAUAAAACUUUUCCCCAGUAAAAUGAUCAAGGACAAGAAAACCGGAAAAUUCUAUAAGAAAGCCAAAGAUUAUAACGGUCCACGAACCGCGAAAGGAAUUGCCGAUUUUGCCCUUCCUGAAAUACCUUCUUUUGUUCAGCCCAUAUCUAAUGAACAUCCAACGACAAAAACUCUGACAAUAGAAGAAUUCCUAGAAAAAGAGAACGAAACAAUGCCUAAAGUAAUUCUAUUUACCGAUAAAGAUCGAACAACCUAUUUGUAUAAGGCAUUAUCCGUCGACUUUCAUGAUAGGUUAUUGUUUGGCGAGGUCAGGAAACGCGAAAAAGUCAUUGGCGAAAAGUAUGGUGUUGAAGAUUAUCCAAAAUUAAUCGUUGUCACCUGGGGAACCAACGAAAUGAUUGAUUACAAAGGUCGCUACCAGGGAGAAAAUAUAUACUACGCUUCAUUAUCCAACUUUCUAAGUCAAUACGCCCUACCCAAGAACAAGCCUAAAUAUGUCGUAAAGGAAGAAGCCGAGGAACAAUUCAACCCCGAAAUAAUCGAGAUCAAGUCUCAGUCACAUCUCGAAUCUGAAUGCCUUUCCAAACGUACUGGAAUUUGUAUACUCACAUUUUUGGUUGUGGAACCGGAAUUUCAAGAAUCUGUCACCGAACACGAGAACAAUCUUUCCAUUCUAAAGAAAGUUAAAGAAAAAGUUCAUAAAAAACAUACAGAUGACAAACUAGGUUUCAGAUUCAUGUGGUUUGAUGCAUUAACCAAAGGAUCCAAGAAAUUAAUCAAGGAUUUUAAAUUGUCUGACGUAUUUCCGAAUUUAAUGGUGUUGAAUCCAAACCGACGUCUAUACAAACCAUACCUUGGGCCAUUCGAUGAGGAAGGAAUCGAGAAAUUCUUAAGUGAUGUGGCUAGAGGUAAAGGAUAUAGUUAUGAAUUUGAAUUUGAUGUUAACAUGGGGGAUGAAGACACCAAGAAGAAAAAGGAAGAUAAGAAAGAUGAAGUUGUUGAGAGUGAAGAUGUUGAAAAGAGAGAAAAUUUGGAUGAUGCUAGUAAGAGUGAUAAAGUUGAGAAGAGAGAGGAUUUAGAUGAUGUCGAGAAGAGAGAAGAUUCGGAUAAUGUUGGUAAGAGCGAUGAUGCCGAAAAGAAAGAUGAUGUCGAAAAGAAAGAGGACUUGGAUGACGUUAGUAAGAACGAUGAUGUCGGAAAGAAGGAAGAUUCGGAUGAUGAGAAAUGUGGUAUCGAUGGGGUUUGUCCUCAGGAAAGUAAAGAGGACAGCGAAAAGGUUAAGUCUCGAGGACGUGAUGAAUUAUAA